AUGGGUAUUCCGUUUCCACCAGAAUACAAAGACUGUGUGAAACUCUUUUUCUCAUCCCCUGGGGAUGAAAUCUUUCAAAGCUCGAUCUUGUCAGUGUUUGAGAUAUAUGGCAAGAAGGACAGGGUCUAUGCGCAGAACCUGUGUUAUCUGGCAAAGUUAUUUCUUGACCAAGAAACUCUUUACUACGACGUCGAUUUGUUCAUGUUCUAUAUUAUGUGUGAAUCAGUGAAUGUGAUGAUCGGGGGACGCCACAUGGUUGGAUACUUUUCAAAGGAAAAGCAUUCAGAAGAAGCGUACAACUUGGCUUGUAUCAUCCGUACCCUUCCUCCAUAUCAAAGGAAAGGCUAUGGAAAAUUCUUAAUAGCUUUAUAUGAGUAUUCUUUCCAUCUAACUCUUGUUCUGCUCUCUCACAUCUCUCCACAAGCUCACUCUUUCUCUUUUUUUUUCCUAAGUUGAUAACAACUUACCCAUUUUGUUGUGUUACAGAGGUUACAGGACUCGGAUUUUCUUAGACAUCCUCAUGAAAAAGCACAAGGGAAACAUAAUCAAAAUGCAGGAGAUGAGUGAUAUGGCAGCGGGGUUAAUUACUCACUGAAAAAAUUUGGGUUUCUCUAGAAUCUCUUGUAGUAGGUAACCUUUGGUUCAAGAAUUUAGAGGUUUUCCUCUAAUGCUAAUAUAGGCUCAAAGUUUCGUGUAUGGUUUGAUCCUUUGCAUUGUAAGUAAUACAUUUUGGUAAAGAUUCUACCUUUUUUGGGAACGAAUA